AUGAAACUGCUGAAAAAGUCGCAGUUCAAGCCAGAAGAUCUCAAUGUCGCCGUUGAGAAGGCUUCGGAUAAGCCACUGGAGAAGGCGGCUUCGGAAGAAUCUGUGUCAAAGCUAUUCUCCGAACACGAGCCCAAUUUUGGUACUAAAAUUACGUCUGCCGUCAAAGGCACUGCCGUUUCAAUUUGGGAGUGGAAGAAGGAUACAUGCUGUCUGAUGCCACAAAACUGCUGUCUUCUGUCUGACAAGUGCUGUCUCACAAAGCUGCCCUGCAUGAGACAACUCAAGGAUAGGCUUGUGCCUGCAAAGAAGGCUGAAGCCUGA